CAAUUAACAGAAGAGAAAUUCAUCGUCAAAGCAACAAAUGGGCCAAGAUAUGUAGUUGGCUGUCGUCGUCAGGCAUAGGAUGGAUGUGUGAAAAUUGUCCAGCCUACAAUACAUCCACCUGCUGUGGAAAAAGAGUCAUCGACCUUCUUGAUAAAAGCAAAUUAAAACCCGGGACAAGAGUUGCGUUGGAUAUGACCACCUUAACAAUUAUGAGAUAUUUGCCAAGAGAGGUUGAUCCACUUGUUUACAACAUGUCUCAUGAAGAUCCUGGAGAUGUAUCUUAUUCUGAGAUUGGUGGAUUGUCAGAACAAAUCAGGGAACUAAGAGAGGUUAUAGAGUUACCCCUGACAAAUCCAGAAUUAUUCCAACGUGUGGGGAUUAUACCUCCCAAAGGCUGCUUGCUGUAUGGCCCACCAGGAACAGGGAAGACUCUCCUGGCUAGAGCUGUUGCCAGUCAGCUAGACUGCAAUUUCCUAAAGGUUGUAUCUAGUUCCAUUGUAGACAAAUACAUCGGGGAAAGCGCUCGGCUGAUCAGAGAAAUGUUCAACUAUGCCAGGGAUCAUCAGCCCUGUAUCAUCUUCAUGGAUGAAAUUGAUGCUAUUGGUGGUCGCCGUUUUUCUGAGGGAACUUCAGCUGACAGAGAGAUCCAGAGAACUUUAAUGGAGUUAUUGAAUCAGAUGGAUGGAUUUGAUACUUUACACAGAGUCAAAAUGAUAAUGGCUACAAACAGACCAGAUACUCUAGAUCCAGCAUUGUUGCGACCUGGAAGAUUGGACAGGAAGAUUCAUAUUGAUUUGCCAAAUGAACAAGCUAGGUUAGACAUCCUGAAAAUCCAUGCUGGACCUAUAACUAAACAUGGAGAAAUAGACUAUGAAGCAAUUGUGAAGCUUUCCGAUGGAUUUAAUGGUGCUGACCUAAGAAAUGUCUGUACUGAAGCAGGCAUGUUUGCUAUUCGUGCUGAUCAUGACUUUGUAGUUCAGGAAGACUUCAUGAAGGCAGUUAGGAAAGUUGCUGAUUCCAAGAAGCUGGAGUCUAAAUUGGAUUACAAACCAGUCUAAGUGCUGCUACAUGGUUAAUGGCUGACAGUGACUGCUGCAUGGGAAAUGUGGGGGCUUCCUAGGUAAAAUGAGAAACAGACUAUUCCUUGAUUGUGUUAUUAUUUCGAGUCUGUGUAUUAAUGAUGGCAGUUAGCCAUUGGUUAAUAUUAGGUAGGAGUCUGCUGCAACAAGUUUUGCGGCCCUCUGAAAACAAGAUGGCUUUUCAACCCCACAUAUGUGCAGUAUAUAAAAUCUGCUUUCAGAUAAUGACUUUAUCAAAUGUACUAUAUUGAUUUCAUCUGGCAGAUUUGAAGGUGGCAUGCUUGUUUUAUAUCAUUUAUUAUUUUCUCUUUGAAACAGUAAAAUACACCUUGUUUAAA